CAUAAAUAUAUUAUAAGGAAAUAAUAUAUUGUUAUAUCCCAAGUUAUUCGCCUUGAAUAUUUUAAAUUCAUGUGGCUAAAAUGGAAAAUUUAUCAAUUCCUAUUUUAUUUUCUUCCAAAUAUUUCGGUAUCUAGUUAAUGUAUGGUUAUGGCCAUUUGCCAAUUAGGAAACACAAUUCACCUCCCACAAAAAAGAGCAGCCAAUAUUUUCAAAAGAUAAAACCAGCCAAUGCUGAUCUGUGUAUUAACCACUUACAUCCACCAUAAUCCGAAAGACAUGGCGACAUAAGCUGAUCAUUCAACAGAAAUUAAUUCAAACCAAAAGUAUACAAAACAAUAAUAAAUUAAAAUUUUAAUUUUACUUGAAAUAAACAGUAAUUAAAAAUAACAUCGAAAAAUAGCAAGGGUAAAAAAGAAACUAGUAACAAAGGAAAAACAAAAAGUCAAGACGCAGAAUCCCACGUUCAUUCAUAAUCCUUAAAUUUCCUUCUUCAUUUGAUGCGCCAAAAUUAGACAUUGGAAAUCCAACAAUAAAAUCCUACAUUAAUGAGAGUCUUCAACUUUUGAUUGAUUUUCAAAGAUUUUUUGUAUGAACGAAUAUUCUGACCGCCGGCACGGAGGCGCUAAUGUUUCCAUGACGACGGCCGCCGGAAGCACCUCCGCCAGCCCCGCCUCCACCUCUGAGAAUUCCGUCAGAUGUGAAAAAAGAACGAUUAAGUCCAUAAUCCCAAGGAUUUUUAGUUCCAAGAGAUCGUACAGCAGAGAUAGUUUUUCAGAGGAAGAAACCCUUCAAUCAGAUGGAAAUAGCAAUGAAAACGAAUCAGAUAAUAAUGUUACGUCAAGAACAAAAGCUUUUCUGGAGGAGUCAAACUUCAUCAAAAGAGGUUUCUCAGAGAGGCACAGCGUGGCUGAAGUCGAAACCCUAACCCUAUCGAGCUUCAAUCGAUCAAUGGCGCCACAGACGGUAGUCCAAAACAUAAGGGUUUUCGUGGGAACGUGGAAUGUUGGAGGAAACACUCCUGAUCAUGGCAUGAAUCUCGAAGAUUUCUUGCAAGUGGAGGGAUCUGCAGACUUAUAUGUAGUAGGGUUUCAAGAAAUCGUUCCACUAAAUGCUGGAAAUGUGCUGGUGAUUGAAGACAACGAGCCAGCAUCGAAAUGGCUAGCCUUGAUAAGCCACGCACUGAACAAGUCAAAGUGCAGUAAGAUGUUGGAAAAGCAAUGUGUGAAGGCCAUGAGCAAGAAUGUAAGAGGAGAAUGCGAGGCGUUCAAGGGCUGCAACUGCAGGAGGAGUAGGGUGGGUGGUGAUGAGUGCAUGUACCAACUGGUAGCAAGCAAGCAGAUGGUAGGGCUAUUUCUGUCGAUCUGGGGGCGAGGAGAUGUGGUUAAAAGCAUCGGGCACGUGAGGAUAUCGUGCCUAGGAAGGGGGAUAAUGGGGUAUCUGGGGAAUAAGGGAUGCAUCUCCAUAAGCAUGACGCUGCACCAGACCAGCUUCUGCUUCGUGUGCAGCCACUUGGCGUCGGGGGAGAAAGAGGGAGAUGAGGUGAGGAGGAAUUCCGAUGUAGCGCAAAUCCUCAAGGGCAUACUCUUCCCCAGGCUUUGCAACACUCGGAUCCCUCAAAGAAUUGCCGAUCACGACCGCCUCAUUUGGCUAGGUGAUCUAAAUUAUCGAAUCGGAUUAAGCUACGACGAGGCUAGGAUUCUACUACAGGAUAAUAAUUGGGACUCAUUAUUGGAAAAGGAUCAGCUGAAUACUGAAAGAGAAGCAGGAAGAGUAUUUUGUGGGUGGAACGAAGGCAAGAUUUUAUUUGCACCCACAUACAAAUAUUCCCAAAAUUCUGAUUCAUAUGCAGGAGAGAAUAGCAAGUCGAAGAGAAAACGAAGGACCCCUGCAUGGUGCGAUAGAAUAUUAUGGCGCGGCGAUGGCAUGGAGCAACUGUCGUAUGCAAGAGGAGAAUCAAGAUUUUCCGAUCAUAGGCCGGUUUGUGCGUUGUUUGCAGUAGAGGUGGAACUCAUCAACAAAAACCCCAGAUUUAGAAAGGGCUAUUCAUGUGCCGCCGCCAAGUUCGAAUUCGAAGAAUGCUUGUCUCAGAGGCAAACUUUUUGCGAGUUUUAGCCAUUUUAAUUCUACAAACACAUGUAAUAUAUAGGGUAAUGUUUCUUUUAACCAAUGCUGAAUGAAACAUAAGAUGGAUUAUAUAA